AUGACCCAAUUCAAUCUUUUCGUGGCCACUCGCGCCAGCCAGGCUGCGCUACUGCCCGUGGUUUUAAUUGCGUUUUCCAUCAAUGAGGCCCGUCCAUCUCCAAUCAUUAAUAUCAGCUUGGAGGACACUGCCCAAAUUACUGAGGGUGAGAAGCCAAUCAUCCAGUUCCAGGCAGGCGACAAGACUGUUACUGGCACGAUUCCUAUCAUCCAGGCACUGUGUGGACAGUUUCCUUUCCUUGUGGGCAAGGAGGCCAAGGUGGAAAAUGAAUGGAUAUCUCAAUUGAAUUCCUUUGACACCUUGGACUUCAAGUCCCUCGACCCGGUCCUCCAGGUCGAUAAAGCGUCUCAAUACUUACCUUCUCCCUCGGUCCUUCCUGUCGGGCUAUUCUCUUUCGACACCGGACAUUGCACUUUGGGGGCGCUUCGCGGAAACCGUGUCGCUGCCGCUACUAUCAAGAGAGGUGCUUUCGUCAAUCUGACCCGCUGGUAUAGAUUCGUCGAGGAGCUGUGCCCUUGGGCCACAUCGGCUGUUGAAUCUUUGAAUGCUGCUUCUCGCGAGACGAGGCUUGCUAGAUCCAGAGAGGGUGCCAGCUACAAUGUUGCCCUGAAGAAUACCGAGAGUGGCGUUGUUACCAGGUUUCCACCAGAGCCCUCUGGAUACCUUCAUAUCGGACAUGCUAAAGCCGCUCUUUUGAACGAUUAUUUCGCCCACGAGAAAUAUAGCGGUACUCUUAUACUUCGAUUCGACGACACCAACCCGUCGAAGGAAAAGCAGGAGUUUCAAGAUGUCAUUGUGGAGGAUCUUGCAUUGAUGGGCAUUCAGCCCGACAUUGUCAGCUAUACCAGUGACUACUUUGAUCAACUCUAUGACUAUUGUCUUCAGAUCAUCGAAAUUGGAAAGGCUUAUGCCGAUGACACUGACAAGGAGACCAUUAAUAAACAGCGUUGGGACGGCAUUCCUAGCAAGCGUCGUAACCUCUCUCCCCAGGAGUCCUUGGCUCAUUUAGAGGAUAUGAAGAAGGGCACUCCCGAGGGUCUACGGUGGUGCAUCCGUGCUAAGAUCUCCAUCGAUGACAAUAACAAAUGCCUACGCGAUCCUGUAAUCUACCGAUGCAAUCCUUCUACCCAUCACCGUACAGGCAACACCUGGAAUAUCUAUCCUACGUACGACUUUGCUUGUCCCAUCGUCGACUCGAUGGAGGGUGUUACCCAUGCUCUGAGAACCAGCGAAUAUAGAGACCGCAGCCCGCAGUACCAGUGGAUGCUCGAUACUCUGAACCUACGUGCUGUGCAGGUCUGGGAAUUUUCUCGCAUGAACUUCAUCCGUACCCUGUUGUCUAAGCGUAAGCUGACUACACUCGUUGAAAGAGGAGUCGUAUGGGGGUGGGAUGACCCUCGUUUCCCUACUAUUCGUGGUAUGCUCCGUCGUGGUAUGACUAUCCCAGCUCUUCGCGAAUUUAUCCUCAAACAGGGUCCGUCUAAGAAUGUGACCCUAUUUGACUGGGGCUUGAUCUGGGCCACCAACAAGAAGUAUAUCGACCAAGUUUCGCCUCGCCAUACAGUCAUUGAAACCGAGGACAUUGUUAAGGCGACUGUUAUUGGAGGUCCAAUUACCCCAUAUACGGAGACGCGCCAAAAGCAUGUCAAAAAUAACGCCCUCGGCGGCAAAAUGGUUGCUUUCUCCACUUCUAUUGUUCUAGAGCAGGUUGAUGCCAAAACUUUCAACCAGGACGAGGAGAUUACACUAAUGAACUGGGGUAAUGCAAUUGUGCGCGAAGUCUUCACCGAUGAUUCUACCGGUAAAGUGAAACACCUAGAGUUAGAGCUGCAUACGGCCGGCGACGUGAAGAAAACUGAGAAAAAGGUGACCUGGCUGUCUACGGAGGGCCAAACUCUGGUGCCCGUCGAGCUGGUUGACUUUGACUACCUGAUCACGAAGGACUCGCUGAGUAAGGAAGAUACCCUGGAGGAUUUUCUCAACUUCAACACAGAGUUCCGUGUGAGUGGUCUGGCCGAUUGUAAUGUCUCCGAGGUCAGUGCUGGCGACAUUCUGCAGUUCGAUCGCAAGGGCUUCUACCGUGUGGACCGAGCUCCUGCUCCUGGUGUCCCGGGUGUCUUCUUCAGUAUCCCCAGCGGAAAGCAGAAUUAG